AUGGCUGACUUUCUACUUUUCGAGGGCCCUGUCGGCUACUCGCUUUUCAAGGUCACUCACCAGGCCGACAGCGUGGGCAAUUCCCUCAAGGAAGUCCAGGAGGGUGUUGAUGACUUGGCCAAGUUUGGCAAGAUGGUCGACCUGGCCAGUUUUUUGCCGUUUGAAAACAACAAGCAGGCCCUGAGUGAAAUCAACGAUAUCUCGGAAGGUGUCGCUUCGGACACGCUCAUCAACUUCCUGGAAUUGAACCUUCCCAAGCCUAACAAGAAGAAGAAAGUUGUUCUGGGUGUUACCGAUAAGACCUUGGCUGGUAGCAUCAAGUCGGCCUUUUCUUUCGUCGACUGCGAAACCGGUGACACCAGCGAAGUCGUUCAGGAUAUGCUCCGUGGAGUCAGACUCCACUCCCACAAGCUCUUGAAGCAGCUUCGCGAGGGUGACUUGAACACCGCCCAACUAGGUCUAGGUCACGCCUACUCCCGUGCUAAGGUCAAGUUCUCCGUUCAGCGUGACGACAACCACAUCAUCCAGGCCAUCGCUAUCCUCGAUUCGCUUGACAAGGCUAUCAACACUUUCUCCAUGAGAGUCCGCGAAUGGUACUCAUGGCACUUCCCCGAACUGAUCAAGAUUGUUUCGGACAACCAGCGCUACGCCCAAAUUGCUCUGCUCGUCAAGGACAAGAAGGAACUCGAUGACGACAAGCUGCACGAUCUGGCCGCCCUGGUGGAGGAUGACGAGGGUGUUGCCCAGAGCAUCAUCGACGCUGCCAAGCACAGUAUGGGUCAGGAUAUCUCGGAGACCGACAUGGAGAACGUCAUUUCUUUCGCCCAGAGAGUCGUCAGCCUGGCCCAGUACCGCAAAUCUCUCCACAGCUACCUGGUCUCUAAGAUGAGCGUCGUUGCGCCUAACCUGGCCGCGCUGAUCGGAGAAAUUGUCGGUGCUCGUCUGAUUUCGCACGCCGGUAGUUUGACCAACCUGUCCAAGUACCCCGCCUCUACCGUGCAGAUUCUCGGUGCCGAGAAGGCCCUUUUCCGAGCCCUGAAGACCAAGGGUAACACGCCCAAGUACGGAUUGCUGUACCACUCCUCUUUCAUCGGCCGCGCCGGACCCAAGAACAAGGGCCGUAUCUCCCGUUUCCUUGCCAACAAGUGCUCGAUCGCCUCGAGACUGGAUAACUUCUCCGAGCAGCCUACGACUAAGUUUGGUGAGGCCUUGAAGAAGCAGGUCGAGGAGCGUCUGGACUUCUACGCCACCGGUGCUGCUCCUACUAAGAACGAGGUCGCCAUGAAGGAUGCCAUGGAUGCUCUUCUGGCCGAUAUCGACGUCGAGGCCGACCAGAGCGACGAGGAGAUGGAGGAUGCCGAUGCUGAGAGCAAGGAGGAGAAGAAGGAGAAGAAGGAGAAGAAGGACAAGAAGGAGAAGAAGGAGAAGAAGGAAAAGAAGGAGAAGAAGAGCGACAAGGACGAGAAGAAGAAGAAGCGCAAGUCGGACGCCGGCGAGGACUCCUCCGAGAAGAAGAAGCGGAAGCACGACACCGACGCCGAGCCGUCCAAGAAGAAGAAGAAGGUCUAA